CCUCCUAUCGCCGAUCGUCCGUUACCCUCUCUUUCCCUCCCGCUUUCGCUUCCUCGACUCUUCGUCUGCUCGCACUCCACGUCCUUCCUCCCUUUCUCGCCGUUCCGUCUCGAUCGUUCCUCUCUCCCGCUGGACCGUUUUCUGCAACCGUCGUAAACCGAGCAUUCGCGAUUACACACGUGUUCACGAACGCGCGCGAAGCGCCGGACGGGACGACGUACACCGGACGGCGAUAAAAACAUGUCGAUGACAGGUCCAGCAGUGCAGGACGUACCGAUACGUCGGUGCCGGCCCGCGGCGAGAUAACGCGCGUGAGAUAAUACGGAGUGCGCUAAAUCGGCGCGCGCGCGCGAUUCGACGACGCGCGGCGGGAAUCCGUCAGAAGUGGACGAAACUGGGUGACGUGAGGAGCGCGUGAAACGGUGAUACAACGUAGAGGCAAUUUACUUUCGAGUUUCCUCGUUCUCAUCUUCGCCGACACUGACUCGCCAGUCAGUAGACCGGAAAGACAGUGGUGAAUCUACCAGUGACGUGUGCACCUGUCUCUGUAGGUGUGUACGACAGCGUCGGUUGGUCAGCGUCGGUGGUCAGCGGAGAUAAACGUCCUCUCCCGGGCUCGCCGUGUGUGUGAGAGAGAGUGUGUGUCGACCGGCGCGACAGUUCCGACCGGCGGGAGGUCGACCGGAAGCGGUAAACUAGGUGAUACCGUCCGCGGGGAACCGGUAGUGGUAGCCUGGUAGUGGUCUGGGUCCGUCGUCUAUAUCGGAUCGGCUGGUUUAUGUGAUGUGAACGUGGUUUAAUGGUUGAUCCGCUAAAACUCUUCUGGGUUAUUACCAACAGCACCUACCUGGUAACAAAAUUCAUUCGCAUCGGGAUAGCCGACAAGAACGAUAAUCCCCCAUAUUUCGACAAGGGCCUCUACGAGGCUGAGGUAGAUGAAAAUGAGGACAUUCAGCAUACGGUGCUCACUGUCACCGCCAAAGAUCACGACGAGUCCUCGCGUAUUCGAUACGAGAUCACGAGCGGGAACAUAGGCGGUGCAUUCGCCGUGAAAAAUAUGACCGGCGCCAUAUACGUCGCGGGUGCGUUGGACUAUGAGACGAGGAAGAGGUACGAGCUUCGGCUUACUGCGUCGGACAACUUGAAGGAGAAUUACACGACGGUUGUAAUUCACGUGAAGGACGUAAACGACAACCCGCCCGUCUUCGAGAGACCAAAUUACAGAACACAAAUUACCGAGGAGGACGACAGGACUUUGCCGAAACGCGUUCUCGGGGUCACCGCAACUGACGGAGAUAAAGAUAGACCACAAAACAUUGUCUACUUCCUAACUGGGCAAGGCAUCGAUCCCGAUAAUCCGGCGAACAGCAAGUUCGACAUCAACCGUACGACCGGAGAGAUUUUCGUUCUCAAGCCGUUGGACAGAGAUCAACCCAAUGGCCGGCCACAGUGGCGGUUCACCGUGUUUGCUCAGGACGAGGGUGGAGAAGGUCUCGUGGGCUACGCCGACGUCCAAGUUAACCUCAAGGACAUCAAUGACAACGCCCCGAUAUUCCCGCAGGGUGUCUACUUUGGCAACGUUACCGAGAACGGCACCGCAGGAAUGGUGGUGAUGACGAUGACCGCCGUGGACUACGAUGAUCCAAACGAAGGCACGAAUGCAAGACUUAUCUAUUCCAUCGAGAAGAAUGUCAUUGAAGAGGAGACCGGCUCGCCCAUCUUUGAAAUUGAAUCGGAAACUGGUGUGAUCAAGACCGCGGUAUGCUGCUUGGACCGAGAACGUACUCCGGAUUAUUCUAUACAGGUCGUCGCGAUGGAUGGAGGGGGGUUAAAGGGUACGGGGACGGCGUCGAUACGGGUCAAAGACAUAAACGACAUGCCACCGCAGUUCACGAAGGACGAGUGGUUUACCGAAGUGGACGAGACGGAAGGGCCAGAUCUGCCAGAGAUGCCGAUACUCACCGUAACCGUUCACGAUGAGGACGAGACAAAUAAAUUCCAAUACAAGGUAAUCGAGAACAGCGGUUACGGUGCCGAUAAAUUUACUAUGGUACGAAACAACGACGGCACAGGAUCGUUGAAAAUUGUACAAUCGCUGGAUUACGAGGACCAACUGCAGAGUAAUGGCUUUAGAUUUAGGAUACAAGUGAAUGAUAAGGGCGAGGACAAUGACAAUGACAAAUAUCACGUGGCCUAUUCCUGGGUGGUCGUGAAAUUGCGAGAUAUCAAUGACAAUCAGCCACAAUUCGAGAAAGCCAAUAUAGAGACUACAGUGCCGGAGAACGCCCGCAUAGGUAGCAGCUUGGAAACAUUCAAGGCCACCGAUCCGGAUCAAGGUGGCAAGAGCAAGGUCUCCUAUUCUAUUGAUAGGAGCUCCGAUCGAAAAAGACAGUUCUUCAUUAACGAAAAUGGCACUGUAUCGAUACAGAGAAGCCUUGAUCGCGAAGAAACCCCUCGACACCAGGUUAAAAUUUUGGCGAUCGAUGACGGAAUACCACCUAAAACCGCGACAGCUACCCUAACAGUCGUUGUACAGGACAUUAAUGAUAAUCCACCGAGAUUCCUUAAGGACUAUCGUCCAGUUUUACCGGAAUAUGCGCAAACCAAGAAAGUCGUCGAGAUUCUCGCUACCGAUGAUGACGAUCGAUCGAGGAGCAACGGCCCUCCGUUUACUUUCCGGAUGGAUCCUAACGCGAACGAUGUUAUUAGAGCUAGCUUCAAAGUUGAGAGCGAUAACAAGGGAGCCAACGGAGAUGGAAUGGCCGUAGUGUCAUCCUUGCGAUCCUUCGACAGAGAACAACAAAAGGAAUUCUUGAUUCCCAUCGUUAUCAAGGAUUCCGGGAACCCUUCCAUGUCUGGGACCAGCACCUUGACGGUUAUCAUAGGAGACGUUAACGAUAAUAAAAUGCAACCUGGUUCCAAGGAAAUUUUUGUAUAUAAUUACGCAGGACAAUCACCGGAUACCGAAAUAGGUAGGGUGUACGUGUACGAUCUGGACGACUGGGAUCUGCCGGACAAGAAAUUCUAUUGGGAAGGAUUGGAGCAUGCACAAUUUAGACUCGAUGAAGAUUCGGGAAUGAUUUAUAUGAAAUCCGGCACCCACGACGGCAAAUAUCACCUACGGUUCAAGGUCUACGAUAGAAAGCACACGCAGACGGACGUACCCGCGAACGUAACCGUCACGGUCAAAAGCAUCCCGCAUGAGGCCGUAUUAAAUUCAGGCUCGAUUCGAAUAGCCGGGAUAACGGACGAGGAUUUCAUUCGCGUUUGGAAUUAUUGGAAUGCCACACUGUCGCGAAGCAAAGCGGAUCUAUUCAGGGACAAGCUGUCACAUCUGUUGAACAUAGACAGAGAUAACGUGGACGUUUUCAGCGUUCAAUUAAGGAGAGUGCAUCCACCGUUGACGGACGUCAGAUUCGCUGCGCAUGGCUCGCUAUACUACAAACCAGUCAGGCUUAAUGGCAUCGUACUUAUGCACCGCGAAGAGAUCGAGAAAGACGUGGGUAUUAACAUAACCAUGGUCGGUAUCGAUGAGUGUUACUACGAGAACGAAAUGUGCGAGGGCAGUUGCACAAACACCCUUGAUAUUAGCAACCUGCCGUACAUGGUAAACGCGAACAAAACCGCCCUCGUCGGUGUACGCGUGGACGUGAUAGCCGAAUGUACUUGCGGGGCGCGAAAUUUCAGCAAGGGCGAAUCCUGCAGGAACAGUCCCUGCUACAAUGGCGGACGCUGCGUGGAAGACCGGUUUGGAUUAUCAUGUCAGUGUCCAUCUGGCUACAACGGUCCGAGGUGUCAACAGACCGCUAGGAGUUUCCGAGGCAACGGUUGGGCAUGGUAUCCCGCUUUGGAAAUGUGCGACAACAGUCACUUGAGCUUUGAGUUUAUCACAAGAAAAUCUGAUGGACUGUUACUGUACAAUGGCCCAAUCGUUCCUCCCGAAGUCGACGAAGUGAUGGUUUCUGACUUUAUUUCGGUCGAAUUGGAACGCGGUAUACCGAGGCUACUAAUCGAUUUUGGAUCUGGUACUUUGGAGCUGAAAGUAAAACCAAAGAAAACCUUGGACGACGGCGAAUGGCAUCGACUUGACAUUUUCUGGAACACGGAGACCGUGAAACUCAUCAUCGACUACUGCAAAUCCGCGGAGAUAUCUGAGCUAGAAGACGGAAGCCCGCCGGAAUUCAAUGACACCAGUUGCCAAGCCACGGGCACAAUACCACCGUUCAAUGAGUACCUAAAUGUUAACGCACCGCUGCAGAUUGGCGGUCUCUACGUGGAGCAAUUCGAUCCAACGCACUACAAGUGGAAGCACAUGCCGGUUGGCAAAGGCUUCGACGGCUGUAUCAAGAAUCUCUUCCACAACAGCAAGCUGUACGAUCUCGCUCACCCGGGUCUCUCGCGGAACAGCGUCGCCGGUUGCCCGCAGACAGAGGAAAUCUGUAACAAUCAGGAGUCAACUUUCCGCUGCUGGGAACACGGCACCUGCGUGGGCAGCUUUACCGAAUCAAGAUGCCAGUGCAAUCCCGGCUGGACCGGUCCCGGAUGUAUGACGCCGACGAUCCCGACUACCUUCAAACCCCAAAGCUACGUCAAGUAUGCGUUGUCCUUCGAGCCGGACAAGUAUUCCACUCAAGUACAACUGCGAUUCCGCACCCGAGAGAUUCACGGCGAAUUGUUCAGAGUGAGCGAUCAGCACAACAGGGAAUAUGCCAUUUUGGAGAUCAAAGACAGUAGACUGCACUUCAGAUAUAAUCUGAACAGUCUUAGAACAGAAGAGCGAGAUAUCUGGCUCUCGGCAAUAGCGGUCGAUGAUGGACAAUGGCACACGGUCAGAGUGUCGAGAUACGGAUCCGCCGCAACUUUGGAGUUGGACGGUGGCGAAGGACGAAGAUUUAAUGAGACCUUCUCCUUCGAGGGUCAUCAAUGGCUCCUCGUAGACAAACAGGAAGGUGUCUACGCGGGUGGCAAAGCGGAAUACACUGGCGUUCGCACGUUUGAAGUUUACGCGGAUUAUCAGAAAGGUUGUUUGGACGACAUAAGAUUAGAAGGAAAACAUCUUCCGCUACCACCCGCCAUGAAUGGGACUCAAUGGGGUCAAGCAACGAUGGCGAGAAACCUGGAAAGAAAUUGUCCGUCGAAUAAACCGUGUGCCAAUGUCAUCUGUCAGGAUCCGUUCGAGUGUAUCGAUCUUUGGAACGAGUACGACUGCACUUGCGGGGAGGGAAGAAUUCCCUCGCCGGAUAACAAAGGAUGCAUGGACAAAAACGAGUGCAUCGACUAUCCCUGCCUGAACGGUGGCAGAUGCAUCAAUCAGGACCCGCGAUUCCGAUACCGAUGCAUUUGUCCCGAUGGCUUCUGGGGCGAGAACUGUGAGCUAGUCCAGGAGGGUCAAACGCUCAAGCUGAGCAUGGGCGCAUUAGCGGCGAUUCUCGUCUGCCUUUUGAUCAUUCUCGUUCUCGUGUUGGUAUUCGUCGUCUACAACAGAAGACGCGAAGCGCACAUAAAAUAUCCCGGCCCGGAUGACGACGUGAGAGAAAACAUCAUCAACUACGAUGACGAGGGUGGCGGAGAGGACGAUAUGACCGCGUUCGAUAUCACACCUCUGCAGAUCCCGAUUGGUGGCCCGAUACCGGAAAUGGGCGGUAAGCUGCCUCCGUGCAAAGUAGCCUAUCCACUUGGACCGGAGCCGAACGUCGGCGUCUUCAUCGAGGAUCAUAAGAAGAGGGCCGACAGCGAUCCAAACGCACCGCCCUUCGACGAUUUACGGAAUUACGCGUAUGAAGGUGGCGGAAGCACCGCGGGUUCUUUGGAAUCACUAGCUUCCGGUACGGACGAUGAGCAACACGAGUACGAGUAUUUAGGCGCGUGGGGUCCGAGAUUCGACAAGUUAGCCGAUAUGUACGGUCCGGCGGAGGAAUUAAGCGAGGAGGAAGAAUAAUCAGCCGAGAAUAUAUCCGAGUCUCCACAUCACCUCAUACCGAGUAACGCGAUCCACAUCAUCCGAAUGGGUACUCGUGAGACCUCAGGUGGCACUACCUGAUCCGUCACAUCGGAUGGCAGGGAUCGCUAUCACGAAAAUUCGGAGGAUCUCGAGGGAGAAAGAGAGCAGGCGCCUCCCUUCGCCGAGAGUGAUAAAUCCUCGAUGGACGGCAAGGGACGAACCUCCUCGCAAUUGUGCAGCUAGUGAAAGUACUAAUUACACGUGAUGACACGUGGUGUCAUCCGCGGUGCGUGCACACAACACACACAGACACAUGUACUCAAGGGUCUCAAAGGUGCAUGAAGGAACGUUGCAAUAACGCGAUAGUAGCACGUAGAAAGGUGGUAAACGAGAAAAGGCAGAGAAGUCGCAGCAUAUACCUAUCUGUAUAGUACGUUAUACGUAGUGAAUUAUCCAAAGACAACACGCGGCAAGACUUUUUCUAACGUGAUCCCCUCUCCCCGUCGCAUCAAUCCCGCUCAUCGAUCAUCGAUAAAUCACCCAUCUGCAUACACCUAUAUAUACAUAUAUACGUGUAGGUAUAAUAUCGCGUCGUUGUCGUCAGUGUCGGAUCUUAGAUCGGCGUGUUGUCCUCGCGCAGCCGGGAUAUCGUUCAUUUAUUUAAAUGUCGCGAAUCGGGCGAACGUGUUAGAUGUGUUGUAAACGACUUUAAUCAAGGGCAUUCACACACAUUCGAACAUACACACAUAUACAUACACAUGUAUACUAUAGAGAUGUGCGAAUCGAGAUAUUUUUCUCGUCAAAUCAAGUCGAAUCGAAUUUCAUUUCUUUGUUUGAAUCGAAAUCGAAUAAAAUCGGUGCGAAUUAAAUUAAAUCGAAACACAACUUUAAUUAAUAUAAUUAAUGUUAGGUUAAAUUUUAAGGUAAUGGAAAAAGAUCGAAAAAAAUAAUUUUGAUUAUUUGAUGUAAAAUCAUUUUAAAUAUAAAUCAAUAUUUAUGAUUUGUAUUCGAAUAUCCCGGAGUCAAAAUUUUCGAGUGGUUCGAGUUCAAAUUCUAGAGAUUCAAAACCUUACCCGAUUCGAUUCGAUUCGUAUAAUAUUCAAAUAGUUCGCACAUCUCUAAUACGUUUGACACGAGUACCGAGGAGUCCGUUCAAGGACGUCACGAUUCGUCGUCGUCGGCGACUCCUCGUUUCUUCGUCGCGCGAAACUCUCUUCGUUUCUUCGUUCUUCUGCACGAGUCCCGCGGGGCACGUAUCCUCAACGAACGUACGAUUUCGUUGUCCUGAAUGCGGAGGAGUCCUGGAAGCAACGCACUCUCGUUCAUGACAGACGAUCCUACCGUAGUCUGCCAUAAUAGGAAUUAUCGUUAAGAUAUUCGUUAGUUGUCGCGAUAUCGACUCAUUGUCGUCAUCGUCAUCGUCACCGCCAUCCUCAUUACCGAUAGCAUUAUAUUAUUAAAUAUUAUAAUAUAUAUUAUAUAAAUAUAUUAUAAAUAUGGAUUUAUAUAGAGGCGCACGAAAUGAAGAGGAAAGGUGAUUAACGCAGAAAGUCCGUGAAGGGUAAGGGGCACGAGUUACCGCGCGCGCAGUGUAAUUAUUAUAAUUACAGUAUAGCGGACAUAAAGUCUAAAUAUAAAUACAAAUAUAAAUAUAUAUAUAAAUAUAAAUACAAAUAUAUUAUGCAUAUACAUACAAACAGAGAACACAUACGGACAUACAGACAACACAGAGAGAAAGAAAGAGAUGAGAUUUCGCAUACGCUAAAAUAUGCUCACCGUUGAUAUAUAUCUUGAUAUAGUUUUAAUAUUUAUUUUACGUCAUCUCUCAAGGGAAAUCGGAGCGGCAAGAGCACGCGACACGGGAUAUAUGGAAUACGCGUGCACGAGAAGUCGAGGGGAGAGAACGAGAAAAAUGUGGCAGGAAUCCAUUCUAGUCAUCCCGAGUGGUUCGUUGACGCAUCAUUUCCACGUAGAGUUUCUUCACUUUCUUUGCCCUUUUUUCUAUUUUUCAAACGUGGAAAUUGUAAUUUAUGUAGCAUUAAAAUUGCGGGAUUCUCAAUUAAAAAUUGUCAGAAAUUUCUAAAUGAGUCCCUUCGGUGAAUCGCCGGAAAUUCCGUUUGCCCAAAAGCAUCCGCGAAAUAAUCCGCAAAUGAAAAAGUUAAUUCGUUCCAACUUUAUGUAAAAAAAUAUUAUUGUAAAGAAUUAGACAAUUAACUACUAAUUCUUAGCCAGAUCGAAUGUUAAUUGACGAAUAAAAAUCAAUCUUUGUUUUUACAUAGAAAAAAUUAUUAAUCGUAAUCAAUAAACCGCAGAUUUUACUAAGAGGAGUCAACUUAAAAGUCCGAGCUAAUGCGAAAUGAGGCUCGACGAGCUCUUCGACGCUUCUCGACGUCUCGUGCACGCGCGGUUAUAUCGUCGCGCCUUUCGCGGGCGGCACUUUCCACGCACCGAGCCCUGACUGAACCUGUAAAAUUCUCAACGGGAAUAUUAAUAGUCAAUUUACUGGUUAGGGAGAGAAAGGGAGAGAGAGAAAGAGAGGGAGAGAAAGAUGCCGAAGGGAGAAGGCGUCAGGAGUACGUCGUAAGCACUUGUACGAAUAUUGUAAUUAAACAUGUGUAUGAGUGUGCCGGCGCGCGCAGUAUUUGCGUCACUGCGCAUCGCUGUAUAAUUGUCCUACCAAUGAUCGUGUUUGCGUAUGGUUUUUCAACGAAUUUGUGAUAUUAAGUUGCGUAUAUCUACAACAGUACACGUCCCCGCGUACUAUCGUUGUUCCUCAAUGACUGCGAGCACCGAGAGCGCGACGACGCGAUCCAAAGAAGCGAAAGUCUAGAGAAGAUGCCUGAGGAACACUCACGAGAGACUUGGAACUUGCGAUAUUUCCUAGACAUUUGUUUUGUCCAGAUUGUAACAAUCAACUUUUGCAGCGCAACGUCGGCGCGUAAUACAAUAAUCGUCACAGUUUUCGGUUAUUCAACGGGACGAUCCGUUUAAUGCCAAAUUGUCGAACGACUCGCGAAAAAGUCACUGAACGGAAUCUUGAAAAGUAGAGAUAAUUUUUUUUUUCAAACUACAACGAAUGUACGUAAUUCUAUCAUCACAUUAUGAGAUAGCAAUAAUCCGACUUUGAGCAAUAAGUUCAGUAGCAAUGGACGCGAUUCUGUUUGAGGUCUUUGAUUGUAGCUCUUCGUCCUGAACUCGUACUUGACGUGUACAUUCACUGUUCAAUCUCAUAUUUAAUUGAACUAAUUGAUUGCGAAAAAUAUCAGGAAGAAAUGGAGAAAAAAUACCUUUUCUCUCAAAAUUAAAACAAAAAUUCACUUGAAACUUUUUCGAGGUACUCGUUUAACAAAAUCCUCGGAAAUCUUUUUUAUACAAGUCAAUAUACAUCCUUAAUUAUAAAUCUACAUUUGGAGACUUACAUACAUGAUAAAAUGAAUGUUUUUUUAAAAACAGAAAAAAAAACCAUUAGCUCUCUCGGUGCCCGCACGUUCAAUUCAUCGAAUCCCAUCGUUCGUCCUAGAUCCCUUAGUUUCUCCAGACAUUCCCGCCAUCGACUCGAUCCCGUCAAAGUAGAUUCUAAGCAAAGACAGUAUUUGAGUGGGGUUAUUGGAGGACGAAAGAAUUAUCGUUAAGUAACUGUAUUGAGUAGCGCGCGAGCGCGCGUCGCGUGUGUGCAGUGGCAAAAAAAAAACCAGAAAGGCAGCCUAAUUAUGCGAGUGUACACGUCGAUGAGGUGCGAUCGAUCGUUCAUUUCACUCAAGGAUCGAGGAAGAAAUCAUUCUUCUAAUUUAAAUACAAUUAAAAUAAGAUAUUUCUAUUUCUUAUUUAAGAUUAAUUCGCAGGAAAACUCUCCCAUCGUAAAUAACAAAUUCGUCCAACCGUUUGAAUUAAAAAUUAGUCUACGUUGACUUCAAUUACUUGAACUGACAUAAUAAUCAAGUUUGCACUCUUGUGGUUCUGACACAAACUUAAUAAAAAAAAUCCGCGACGGUGAUUGAUCGCGUGUCUGUACAUCGACAAGGCUCGAAGACUCUUCCAUUCGCUCGACCCGUACACCUCAAUUGUUUUUACGUAAAAGCUUUGAGAAGCAGUACACGUAUACGUUGACCGGAAAAUACAUAACAGAGGAAUUUGAUGUUCUGAGGUUGAAAGAAUAUAGCGAUUUCGAAACCGAUAUCUCGAUAUUUCACAAAGCUAUGGAAAGCAUUUAAAAGAUAUCUAAAACAGAUCUGAGAAAUCGGAAUUUCUUUUGAAUGUCUCACGAUCUUUUUAAACGUUUUUUUAAAAUGUCCCGAGUUUUAAUGGGUACAAACUUUGACGCGGUAGAUAUGCGAAAACGAUCUACUCAAAUAAUUAAUAUUGUACAAAAUCGUAAUUUAAAAAGUCGGACAGGUUUAUCAUUCGUAGAAGUUAUAUAAAUAUAAAAUACAUUUUUUACUAUGCUUGCUAUAUUUUCUAUAUUGAAAAUCUAACUCAAUUAGGUAGAUGUAUCGGUUUCUACGUUUUACAUAAAAUUCAAAACGGAGCCCGCGCGUUUUUUUUAUCGCUCAAGAAAACGCUCAUGACGAUUUCAUUUGCGAUCGACUGACUUCAAUCGUACUUAUAUUUAACGAACGGUAUUGAAGAUUUACGAGUCGCGCAAGUUACAAAAGGAUCAAAGGCUAUUCGAACAGACAGUCAAUUUAUUAGCGAGAGGAAUAAUACACGAGUGUUCGAAAAAGAGAAACCAAAAUAACGACACGUUCCUUAAGUCCAUUCCAAUAUGCAAUUGCCGCGAUUAAAAUAAUUAAUAUUAAAAGAUUCGGCUCAAAGUCAUUCGUCGUUGUUAAAUUAGAUUAGUCUGUAUGCUUGCUUGGUUCGUGCGUAUAAUCCCAAAAAUUGGCGCUAUAAUGGAAGGCAAAGUUCGGAUGUCCCAUUUAAUACGGGAAUUUUUUAUAAUAUGAGAAUUUACUAAAUAAGUAUACGUACUUACGUAAUUUUUUUAAAACGAUCUCAUUUUACAUUCUAUCGAGGAUCAUUCCUCGAUACUUCCAGUCCUGGAAUGAAAACAAGACAUUAAUGCUCAUCCUACAUAUCCCCAACUUUUUCUGAGCACUGCCUAAUCGUGCACAAAGGUACACUUUGUAAAGGGGGUACUAUGGGGCCGAGCGCGAGCAAACUCGUACAUAAUUAACACAAUCGAAUUCCGUUCAGUUAAAAAAAAAGAGAUGUGAGACAGAACGAGGAAAAAAGCAUGAAGGAAGAAAGCGGCACGAAGUUCGCAUCUUACUUACAGACAAUAAAGAACACCUCUAAGUAUUUCCGAUAAAUUAGCUUUUCAACGCUAGUUCUAUGAAUACUUUUAUUUUAAUUUAUUGCAAAAGAUUGUCUUUAUCAUUUAGUAUUACAUAAUUAAAAAUUUUGCAAUUUACUAAAAUUAAAAUGUGCGAUAUUAUUCUACUUUUUCCAAUUCAUUCUACCAAAAAUUUUUUUCUCCGAUUUUCAUCGUGUGAAAAAGAUGCAAGAUGCAUCAACACAAAAAAUAUUUUCUCUUUAUACAAAAAAAAUUUAAUUUAAAUUUUGCACUAAAAUAUAUAUAUUGCGAAGCUAAGGAAUAAAAACUCAAGAAGCGAAAUUUAGAAAAUAAUCUUUCGCAAUUUAGAGUAAUUUAAUACUUAAAAGAGGUGUUCUUUUUACUGUCAUGUAUCAGUGUUCUCUCACAGCGAAAUACAGUUAAUGAUCGUAGAACAUAUUAUAAGAUGGAUUUAUUACAAAAAGAGAGAGAGGCGACUUUAUCUGUCGGUCGACGAAAAGAGAAAGAUCACUGUAAGAUAUACAUAUUAUUACAUAAUGUAACGCUGCCACUGAACACAUCCCGUUAGUACAAUUACCGUAUAUAUAAUAAUAAUAAUAUUAAUAAUCCGCAGUAUACUGGGACACACCGUAUUAUUAAUUGAAUUGAUAUUUAUUAACGAUUAUAAUUAUUAUAUUAUUACCACUAUAUUACCUAUACCAUUUGUACUUUACACUUCAGUUCGAACGAAAUAAAUGCCUUCUUUUUCAUAAAACCAUCGAUGA